AUGCGAAGCUGUCGCGAAGAGGUGACCGGGAGUCAUUUUUUCCCCAAACUCAAACCUCCAAUUGAAGCAAAACAAAGCGACAUCUGUACAUGGCGCAGGAGUGGGAUUGACCUCGUGAUUGGCCAACUUCCGGCUCGCUCUUCAUCGACUCUGCCUCUUCCAUCGUUGCCUGGCUUGGGGGUCCAAGUUGCGACCGGCCUCAUUCUCGAAACGGCCAAUGCCCCACCAAAAGUCAUCCCGAGUCCUCGAAUUCCGGCGCCACUAGUGGUCUGUUGGUACAGUAGAUCUCUUCUUUCAGGGCUGGUGGUUCGCGGCAGGCACUACAUUGUCGUGCGUUCGCUUGCAAAACUGCAGACGGAGGAUCGCAUAAACGCCAUAGCAGCCACUCAUUCUGUGGUACCGAUGUUCGGCCAGACGUUGAGCAACAAAAACGCCACAGGCAACGAGGUGCUGACGUGGACGGGACUCGCUUCUGCUCUGCCCGACUAUGUGCACAUUGUCACCCUUUCGCUGUGGAAACGCGACAGCUACGGCUACAGAGACGGCAACGGAAACGGCAACGGCAACGGC